UAAGAGGCCACAGAGUGACCAUUACAUCUCUGCUAAGGAAAACUGGCGUAGGCCCAAGGGUAUGGACUCCUGUGUGAGGAGAAAGUUCAAAGGAUGCACUUUGAUGCCUAACAUCGGCUAUGGCUCAGACAAGAAAACCCGCCAUUAUCUGCCUAAUGGAUUCAAGAAGUUCGUUGUGCAUAACGUCCUAGAGUUGGAACUCUUAAUGAUGCACAACAGGUUUGUAAUUAUUAGCAGUGCUAAAUGUGAUAUACAUAUUUCAAGACUUACUGUGCUGAGAUUGCCCACAAUGUUUCAACCAAGAAGCGGAAAGAAAUUGUUGAGCGUGCGGCCCAGUUAGAUGUUGCAGUGACUAACAAAUUGGCUAGGUUGCGCAGCCAGGAAGAUGAGUGAACACCACUAUACAUCUCUUUUGUUGCAAAACUACAUGAGAGGAGUCACCUCCUUUGCGUUAAUGUGACCAUUACAAG